AUGCUAUCCCUACUCUUCACCACACUCUCCCUCCUCACCCUCUCCACCACCGCCCUCCCAUUCUCGAACCAAGCCCCUCCCACCGCGGAACAAUGGACCAUCCCCUCCCUCUCUAUGCACAUGAUGACGCGCUACACGGGCCUCCCUGGCUCCCAACCCUGGCCCGAAUCGACCCAGUUCCCCUCCACCAUCGCCUUCGACGUCAACAUGCCGAACAACCACACCGCGCACUGCCGCGCUGAGUGGGCUAAUGGCACGCUGCCUGAUGUUGGGGAUUCGAUGGGUUGUACGGGGGAGGGGCCGGGGAGGGUCAGGUUUCGGAUGAGGGAGUAUACAGAGUUGGGACACAGGAGGCCGGAGCUGGGGUUUGUGCUGAGCGUUUGGAGGGACGACAGGCAGCCGUGA